AUGAACAGUUUACAGGGAAUCAUUGUCCUCGGGGUUGCCACUAUCGUGGCCAUCUCCAGAGCUGAGUUCGAGGGCCACGGAUAUCUCUCGGAAGGUGCUGGCCACGAAUACCUUUCAGGAGGUGAAGCGUACGAAGGUGGUCAUGAAAGCGUAGGAUUCGAACAUGGCUAUGGAGGCUAUGAGCACGAUGGAGGGGAAGAACAUUACUCAGUCCACGACCCCCACACCGACGACUUCAAGUCCCACCACGAGUCGAGGGACGGUGACACGGUCAAAGGCUACUACUCGCUGAAGGAGGCCGACGGGUCCCUGAGAGAGGUACACUACACAGCGGACCACAAGAACGGCUUCCAAGCGGUCGUCACCCAGAACGGGAAGCAGAUCCAUCCACACGUCGAAGAGCACCAAGGAUCUGAUAUCACCCACGAACUAGCAGUUUUCCUUUGCCUCGUCGGGGCCUCUUUGGCACAGUACGGUCACUACCAAGGACACGAGGAGCAUCAUGUUGAUUACUACGCACCUCCACACUACAAAUUCGACUACGGAGUACACGACUCACACACCUACGACGUGAAGAAGCAGGAAGAGACCAGGGAAGGAGACGUGGUCAAGGGCUACUAUUCUCUUCACGAACCUGAUGGUACCGAGAGGAUCGUCCACUACACCUCUGACAAGCACAAUGGUUUCAACGCCAUCGUAGAGAGGAAAGGACAUGCAGUACAUCCUCACAUCGAAGGAUCUAAGGAGACCUUCUUCAAGCAAUACCACGGCAGCUCUGGUGGAUACGGCAGUGGUAGCGGUGCCUCCUCAUCCUCCAACUAUCACUACUAA